CGCCACACCCCUCCCGCGCCGCCCAACCCGUCCCACUUCACGCAAAGGACGGACGCCUGCGGCGCCGGCAGUCGCCACAUGGGCGCCCGACGCAACAACACGCAUGCACCAUGGCUCUCGGCCUCUGGGGCAAGAUCCGCUUCGCCUGCAAAGUCACCGAGCUGGUGCUGGCGGCGCUGUGCAUGGCGCUCUUCAUCCGCACCGCCAUCCCCACCGACGUGGCGCGCCACCCCGACGUGGCCCUGCUGCCCGUCACCUUCGGCGGCUUCGUCAUCGUGUGCACGGGGCUAGUGCUGGGCUUCGCCACCGGGGACAAGGUGCCCAAGAAAAUCGACCUCUUGUACACGUGGGUGGGCGUGGCGCUGUUCCUGGCGGCGGGCGGCCUCCUCAUCGACUUCUGCUACCGCAUGCCCGACAUGAGGGAGGACCGCCGCAUGGUGGCUCUGGGCUGCGGCGCUACCGCCAUCAUCACCGGCGUCGUCUUCAUCGCAGACAUCAUCUUCUCCUACAAGGACGUGCACGAGUACGUGCCGCAUUGAACCUGAGUCUCUUGUGCAACGGCUAUUGCGGUGUUCUUUGAUCUCAGUGUCUUUCAAGAGGCUCGAACCACAAAUACUGUCUUGAUGACUCGAACGAAAGGGGAGCAAUUAGGGUUGCCAACCGUCCUCCAUGAAAAACAGUAUAAGUAUUAAUUUUUUCAUACAAAUAAAAGAAGUAUAUAGUUUCGGCUGGAAUUUCGUAAAAUUGCAUGAUUUUGAGGAUACCUACAGAGAAAAGAAAAUAUCUCCCAUGAUGUAAAUUAUUAAUAUAUUAAAAUAUUAAAAUGCCUAUUAAAUAAUAUUUUGGCUCCAAGUAUCACCCAGACGUGUUUCGGGAAUUAUUUCUCCAUAAUCAACAUGAACAAAUUAUAUCUUUAAAAAAAGUCAUUUUAACAUGUUAAGAAUCACAUGAUUCUCAACAUAUUAGGAGGAACCAAUUUUUUUAAAUGUUAUUUGUUCUAUGUGCCCUGGUUUGAGCUGAAACAACUGAAGAUGGGAAACUAAUCUAUGAAACACAUCUGGCUGAUACCUGAAGCAAAUGUACAAGUAUUUGUGGAAUAUUAUUUAUUUUCCCCACAUCUUCAAAAUAAAUUAUGAAUAUUUUUCAAUAAUGCUUCAAAAUAUCACAGCAAUAUAUAAUGCUAGCAUUACUCAUAAUUGCUAGUAAUAUUCCAUUAAUUACUUCAAUAUUAAAUAUUAUAAGAAAAUUCCAUCUUUCUUUUAAAAAAACUACAUACUCAUUCUAAUGCAUCUCAGUUGUGUAGAUUUCAGGAUUGUAUUAAACACUUGAUGCAUUCAUUAUCCUACUGUGAGUGCUGGAGCUGUGAGAUAAACAAGGAGUACAAUACACACUGUGGAGAUAUAAUCCGAUUUGCAACAGAACUUUCAAUUUCCACAUGAGACUGGAGUUGUUAUUAUUUUUAAACCUUCUGAAAGUCUUCCUUUUUCUUAGAUGGAAGUUGAUAACUCUAAGAGCCAUGUCACUCUUUAUGUUUCUUAAAAUUUCUGUAUGUUCUAAACUGUUCAAUAUUUUUGAGAAUUUAUUUUAAUAAGUUGUUAUCAAUUAAAACAUUUUCAAAAAUUAAUUUUAAAAUUUAAUAUUAUUCAUGGUGGCUCUGACUUCAUAUUCAGAUUGUUUGCCCAGAAGCUAAAAACAACAAAUUAGUAAAAUUUUGAUACUUUGGGGUCAAAUAAAUGUAGCAAAGUUGUUAUCAUUGAUAUCAUGUACAUAUAGAUGCUCUUUAUUUAUGUUUUUGUCAAUAUUAAAUAGAAUGCAAAGAAAAUAGCAAUUGAACUCAAAUUGUCCAUUUUUAGAACCUAUUAACAAAAUAAAAAAUUUCCUUAAUUCACAAAAUGCCUCCACCCCCCUGUAAUAUUUUCUGGAACCAUCCUUGGUGCCUUUGACCGCAACAGAUGCAGUUGCAGUGUUUGUCCACACCCCAGUAAAUAAAUGUCUCUGGCAUGAAAACUCUCUGGCAUUUGUGGGGACAUCAAAAGAAGGGAGCUGGAAGUGAGAACCUUCACAGAAAAUCAGUUUUUUCAUUAUUGAUGUAUUGAAGUUAACAGGGCACACACUGGGCGAAAGAGGCUAAAUUAUUUUCAGCCGUAGUGAGGCUAUGGGACUAUGCACAGGGAGGUUAUGUCUUCUGUAUCCUGACUUAUCUUUUCUGUAAAGAUGUUAUCUCUAAUUUUCCCAUUUUAAUCUGAAGAUAUGGAGAAUUGUUAUAGAGCAGUUUGGGAAGAUCUCCAAGCCAUUUGGAAAACCUAUAUUCAACUUAAAAUGAAAUGUAUUUAUGAACUGUAACAACACAGUUACAAUUAUAUUCUCCCUAUAGUUUGUUUUCCAUUAUUACUAGUAAAAUACAUCCUUUCAGUAGGUUUGGGACUAUCUUACUUAAAUUAUUCCUUGUCUACUCAGUUUUUUCUUUCUUUGGAUAAUGAAGGUUUGCUAACAUUUUAAACAGCCAUUCAUAAAAUUGGUUUCUUUCAGUUCAGCAUAAGGUUCAAUUUCUAGCAUGUGUUCUGAAAGUGAGAUGUUGCUCAAAUGUACAAGCAAAACAAUGCAAAUCCAAUGAAGAAAACAAGUUACAGUACUUUUCUCCAAUCCGAUCAGCUAUUGUACUAAACUUAACAUAACAUAGUACACAAUUAUGUGAUUUUUAAACUUGAAUUAAAAUAAAAUGAAAGAUUGUGAGGCUGUCUAAAACAGUUAGGUAUGAUACGUUUGUAUUCUACAAAAUCAUUUUUAUCUCAUGUCACACACAAUUUUUUAAAUACCCUUCCUGACUUUCCUUUUAUUUUCAUUCAAAUAUACAAAUCUCU